UAUAUACAACACAGAGGGACAGCUGAACUGUGGUAGUCACAGUGGGGUUGAGACAGUGAGAAAAGCAGCAGAGGAUGAUGAUGAUGAUGAUGAAAGGUCUUAUUGAAGAUGCUACUCUGAUGUUUUGUCUGUUAUUUGGAAGUUGCCUGGAUUGUUAUGCCCCACGGGGGUGGCUGUGCUGUUAUGACCAUUAGAAAAUGCCGGAACAGGAGCAUUAAUAAUGGGAGGAAAGCGGCGAGCCUAUUGUUGAGCCUAUUGUUGAGCCUGUUGCUGACCUUCAGCCAGAGGUCACAGCUGAUAAAAUGCCACUGGGCUGAUAAAAAUACGCCAGCUGGAUGGUCUGAUGCUAGGCCACAGCUGCCUCAGCCGCCAUCAUGUUCACCAAAAAGAAGAAGUCUCGUAUCCAGAUCUCAGCUCCAUCCAACUUUGAGCACCGCGUACAUACAGACUUUGAUGAACAGGAGCAGAAGUUCGUUGGGUUGCCGCGGCAAUGGCAGUCGCUCAUCGAAGACACGGCCAAAAGGCCCAAACCCUUCAUCGACGUGACUGUUAUCACUACUGUAGAGCCGCGCAAGACAAUUGUACGUGGCAACAAGAUGGCAGUGGAUGGCUCUCUGACCUGGCUGUUGGAUGAGUUUGACACCAUGUCUGUGACUCGCUCCAACUCCCUGCGAAGGGGCAGCCCUCCCAUCCAGCCUCGCAGGGACUCUAGCUCUUCAGGAGGAGGAGGAGGGGGACAGGAGAAUGGAGAUCCUCAUCACAGACACUACUCACACCCAGACAGACAAGACAGAGACCGACCCAGACCAGAACACCAGAGCGGAGGAGACCCCGGCAAGGGUCAGCGUGCAGUCCGUCCGUCUCAGAGGGACGAGGGAGUACAGGGCCGGCCCCAACAACAGCCAAGGGGUCAGGAGCCCAGCAGGUCCCACAGGGACAGACCAGGCUCCGGCCCUCCCCCUCCCCCUCAUAGAGACAGAGAACACCGGGACCGGGACCAGGAGCAGGUGGUCCGCAGGGAUCAACCCAGUGAUCACAGGCCAAAGUCAAGCUACAUGAUGCGCGAUGGCAGCCCUCAGUCUCCCAGGGACAAGAGGCCUCUCUCUGGGCCCAACAUUCGCACCCCAAACCUGCCAGUUACAGAGGGGGUGAUUAAGACCGCCCAACAGACUACACGGCCAUUUAACACCUACCCAAGGACAGACAGCGAGGGCGGACGCAGCCCCACAGGACAGCCGGUUCGACACCACGAAUCUUCCCCUCAAAAUGGUCCCUCUAGUGGCUCCGCCCGAGGUUCCUCCAAGCCCCCUGUAAGCCACCCUCACCCUCACCACACUUCCCACCCCAGCCUGACCCCGGAGGCCCACCAGCACCCACACACUCCUCACCCCAACAUUCCAGCUCCACGGCCCCCAGCACCCUCUGGGCCACUGGCGUCAGGGGCUCCGUCCCAGGGCCGCUCACCACAGAGGGAGCCCCAGAGGGUUUCCCAUGAGCAGUUCAGAGCCGCGUUACAGAUGGUGGUGGAUCCUGGCGAUCCGCGGACCUACCUGGACCACUACAUUAAGAUAGGGGAGGGGUCCACAGGAAUCGUGUGCAUAGCCACAGUGAAGACCACAGGGAAACUGGUUGCUGUGAAGAAGAUGGAUCUGAGGAAACAACAACGCAGAGAACUCCUCUUCAACGAGGUGGUGAUCAUGCGGGACUAUCACCAUGAGAACGUGGUGGAGAUGUACAACAGUUACCUGGUGGGAGACGAGCUCUGGGUUGUCAUGGAGUUCCUGGAGGGAGGGGCUCUCACUGACAUUGUGACACACACCAGGAUGAAUGAGGAGCAGAUUGCCACAGUGUGCCUGUCUGUCCUAAAGGCAUUGUCUGUCCUCCACACGCAGGGUGUGAUCCACAGAGACAUUAAGAGUGACUCUAUCCUCCUAACUCAUGAUGGUUGGGUGAAGCUGUCAGACUUUGGUUUCUGUGCCCAGGUGUCUAAGGAAGUGCAGAGAAGAAAGUCUCUGGUGGGAACACCAUACUGGAUGGCCCCAGAGCUCAUAUCCAGAUUGCCUUAUGGACAAGAGGUGGAUAUCUGGUCUCUCGGUAUCAUGGUCAUUGAGAUGGUGGAUGGGGAGCCGCCAUACUUCAAUGAGCCUCCGCUCAAAGCAAUGAAGAUGAUUCGAGACAACCUGCCUCCCAAACUGAAGAACCUGCACAAGGUCUCCCCUGUGCUCAAGGGCUUCCUGGAUAGGAUGCUGGUUCGAGACCCGGCUCAGAGGGCCACGGCCAGUGAGCUUCUCAAACACCCCUUCCUGACGAAGGCGGGUCCACCGUCGUGCAUCGUCCCUCUGAUGAGGCAGAACAGGAUGAGAUGAGACGUAUGACACUAAGACCUCCGGACUGCGGAGGGCGGCGCGUGCAGGUUCAGAUGGAACAGAAUACUCCUGCACACAGAGGAGGUGGCCCUCAGAGGUCAGAGGUCAAAGAUGAGAGGUCUGUGCUUUGUGCUAAGCUCUCAGAAAAGUGCUGUGAGCGUAAACCAGGUGUGCAGGAGUAUUCUACUUUUCUUAUGUGAAUCACUGAACUGUGGGAAGUGUAUUCCCUGAAUAAGAGGCAAUAAGGCGGCGUGUGUGUGUUUGUGUGUGUGUGUGUGUGUGUGUGUGCGUGUAAACGUGUUGCCAGUGCUGUUGAUGACAGUGUUUCGUGGCAGGUUUGUGUGAGCUCUCUCUUCAGUCAUGCAGGUGGAGCACAGACAGCAGAGAAGCCACAGCUUUCCUGCUGAAUGAUUCCAGCUGAUUUCAUGUGAACACUGUGUUUUAACUGAAGGGCCUGAGCUGGAAGGAUUAAGGACCGUGGCUGGUUUUAUUUUCCCGUUUGGACCUUGCCUGGAUUUUGAGUGUGGAGAUUGGGUUUUGCACACCAGUUAGAUGCUUUUAAGGAGCCGAGAGCCUGUUGGCUAAUUUUAGAGAUAGUCAGAGCAACAUUUAAAUCUCACUAUUGGACACUCUGGAAGCCGAACUUUCUUCACUACAGGAACUUGUCUUACCGACGGUUCCCAGGCUCAGACACUAUCCUCACCACACCCAGAACUUACUACUGAGGGAGGAACUCUUUUGACUCAGAAAUGAGCCAGAUGGACUUUAUCUUGUAGCCAUAAAAACACUAGCUUUCUGUUGUAAAGAAGAAAACAUACACUAAAACAAAAGGUAAACACUGGAGUUGUGUUUUUUUUAACAGAUGAAUUUUUUUCUCUUCCUCUUUAUUUUCCUGUGUAAGUACAAUGAACAUAGAGAGAUAUAUCCAUUUCGAUGUUUUACUACGUCUGUUUUGUGAUUGUUUUAUUAUGAUGAUAAUUUGUUUUCUGGUUUAUUUUAGAGUGAGAUGUGAGGAUUUUUGAAGCACUGUCGACGAGAGAUAGAAGCUGCACUCCCAGUUUAUUCCAGCAUGCAGAUAAUAGACACUAUAGACAUUUUAUUUUAUGGUUUUUGUUUUUUUGUUUAGGCCAGACCAGUUCGACCAUUAACCUCAGUGGUCACGAUGUCACUCAGACUGGCAGAAACACAAGAAGCAGAGAGAAAAUGAUGAGAAGACACAUAAAACUGAAAGGGUCCAAGAAAAAAUCCUGAGAAAACAUAAAAAUCAAAGCAUUUUUUUGUUUGUCUUUUAAACAGCUGGGUUUUGUUCUUUCUUAUUUUUAUUUUUUUCAGCUGAUGAAGGUAACUCACCUCACAAACUGAAGGCUCUGAAAACGAGCUGCUUUUAGGGCAAUCAGCGAGUUAUUUUCAUUCUGUGAUGCACGUCAGCUUCCUAAUCACUGGUUUCAUUUUCAUUUCAUUGAUAAUGAGGUGCAGCUUUUUUCCAGCUUUUUUCUCCGAAUAUUUUGACUUAAUUCUCAAAAUGAAAUCCGGGAUCAUUUCUUUUCCUAACUCUGGCCCUAAUGCUCAUUGUAAAUAAUUCCCUGUAGUCUCUGUUUUUUAGUCCCUUGUCCUACCUACCUUUCCUCCAGGUGUAAACAAACAGACUUUAAUACAGACUUUGUUGUUGUUCCUUUUAUGUCUCAGUCCACAUUUGAUCAUUAAUGUGAAAAUCCCAGAUCUGUUCACGUGGCUGGUGAACUGCUGUUGGACUGGAACGACGUUUGUUAUGGACCAGAUGCUACUGCUGUGCGUGUGUUUGUGUGUGCUUCUGUAAGGGUGUGUGCGCAGGUACGUGUGUGUGUGUGUAUGUAUGUGUGUUCAUGAGUUCAUGCCUUAACAAGUAACAAUCACUACUUGACAAUGAUUCUGAUUUGACUCUACAACUGUUAGUGAUGGGGAGAGAAGGCUCCCAUGAUGCUUUGCUUUUCUCAUCUCACACGUCUGAAAAGUUUUCACCUAAGUUUAACGUCAUUAGUCCCUCACUGACAUUCCUCACUUUUCAAAUCGCUGAGACCACUUGUUCAGAUUAUGGAUGUUAUAGAUAGUGUGGUUACUGAGUGCCUCAGAGUCGGCAUUCCUCUCACCUCGGUUGUGCUCUCUGACGGAGUAAAGGUCUAGUCCACAGGGAUUUUUCCGGAAGCAGGACUGCUGGCGUUUUGUUUUUUGUCUGUCAGUGUCCCCCGUGCUUCGCACAGCAGAGCUUCCAAAAGUUUUCUGUUUCUUUACGAGUAGCACAUGAGCAGCUCCAGUGCUGCUGCUCAGGGUUCAUCUCAACAGACGUUUCUGGAUUGUGCUUUUAGGUGAGCAGUCUCGGUUCUUGGAGAAACUCCUGCAGGACUCAGCCUCUUGUUUCCACAGCGAACAUGUUACUAAGGCUCAUUUCUGGUGUCACCAGAAACCAUGACCACUACUGACCAGCCAAGCCUGCUCUGUCAAAUAUGUCUCAUUGAUCUGUUGCAGUGUUGACAAACCUUGUCAGACAUGAGAUUCCAGCACCUGUACCGGCACGGUCUCAUUUUUGUAAAUUCCACUGGUAUUGUAAAAACAUAGACUUCACUUUGCAAAUUUUACUUUUUAUGCAAAUACAAUUUUUGUAAAAGUCAACAAUGACGCGUGUUUUCCGUGAUGUAAUGUGUGAAACAUUAUUCUUUUCACAGGUGGUUUCACAGGCAGAAAAAGGGCCAAUGAGGUAAGAGUGACAGAAGUGACAGGCAAAAGCAGCUCUCUGCAAAUUUAAUGCUCAUUAUAUGAUUAAACAAACAAAAAAACAAGUGUUGGAUACAUGAAAAGUGUGAAGUUUAAGUUUAGAGAAAAAUCAUGUCAGAAGCAUUUAUCCUUUUCAUUGGGGGUUUUCCCAGCUCGACUUUCAUCAGCCCACCACUGAUAAUCAUUUCAUAUACAUGCAGUGAGCGUGUUAAAUACUGGAGCUUAACAUGUUGGAUAUGGUAACAUGUCACUGAGCACUGGCUCUGUGCUGAUCUCACAUGUCCUUGUCCCACCAGUUAAUAGACGGAUGCUGAACGCUCUCUCAGUCACUGUAAACUGCUGCUGAAUAGCUGCAUAGGAACAUGAACUGUUGAGGAGUCGGUACCUGACGGUGCGAUGACGUGUUUCCCUGUUUGUUGCAUGUCUGAGCAAAAUGAAAAAAAAAAAAAAAAAGUCGUUGCUCUUUGUGAACGACGAACCACAGAAUCUGCUGAUGUUUCAGAUCAGGAA